AUGGAAUCAUUCAGCCCACUUGCUGCGCGCAAGAUGGACAGGGCAGCUGCUUCAAGACAGAAGAGCUGUAACGCCUGCGUGAGAGGCAAGCGCAAGUGCGACAAGAAAACGCCCCGGUGCACUCGCUGUGCGGCAAAGGGCCUUGACUGCGUCUACCAGAGGUUACCGCCAGGAGCGAACUUCCACGACGACGAUUUAUGCAUCACGGAUUCUUUAAACGACGUUCCUGACUUUGAUAUGGGCUUUGAUAUCAACAACCUAGGAGGAACAACAACAACAGACUCUAGCGUCAGCAACACUACACCGGAUAGCCUGAGCAGAACCACCACCUCAUCCAUAGAGCUCGAUUCUCCUCUCGACUUCUCCAUCAUCGACCAUCUCAUGGCUAACGAUACUUCGGUCGGCUCCGAGCUGUGGAGUCUGGGCGACUAUGGCAGUAACAAGCUGAACAUACCGUCUAUACCAUCUAUGCCCACAACACAGGUCGUUCUCCGUGAUACAGCUAUCCUGGAUAACAUGGAGCCCUGUAUGGGUGAAGUCAACCCCUUGGAUGUGUAUGAUCCUCGCUCGCGAGUGGGUUACACCGUUGAUGCUAUCACGAACCUGUAUCGCGACUUCGCAAAGACCCGCCGUCUUCCCUUCAUCCACCCUCGCUUCUAUGGUUCCAACCUACCAAAGACGCUACUAGCAGCCUUCUCAGCGGCAUCUGCGUACUCUGCCCGCACUCCCGAGAAUAAAGGAUGGGUAUUUAAGCUCAUCGCCGACAUGGCCAAGGACAUCCACCGCGAAGGCGAGUGCGCUUCGACACCGGGAGAAAAGUUGGCGAGGGUUCAGGCCUUGGUCGUGUUGGAUUCUAUUCGCAUGUUUGACGGUGAUGUGACGAUGAGGGCGACGAGUGAGCGUGAGCUGCCGCAGUUCAUGGCUUGGAUGUUCGCACUUAAGGAGAUCGAGGAAGAGCUGAAAUUCGGGGAUGAACCGGCUGCUACCAUGUUAAAGGGGCCGCCUCCACAAAGCUGGGAGGCUUGGUUGCUCGCUGAGAGUAUACGACGAACCAUCGUUAUGGCUUUUGCUUUCGUAUGCGUGACCAGUAUACUAAAGUCGAACGAACCUCCUUGCGAUAUCAUGGCACCAAACUUUCAGUUCACCGCCUCGAAAUAUCUUUGGGAGGCGGACUCCUCGAUAGCCUUCUUCCGCGCGUGGCAAACAAAGCCCCAAUUCCCGGUCCGAAACCUUGAUUUUAAGGGUAUCUGGAUGCACGCGCGGCCGGAAGAUGUUGAUGAGUUUACAAAGUUAAUGCUUACUGCACAAAUGGGUCCUGAAGCCAUGGACCACUUCAUGGUUGGCCAUGUGUGCUAA